AUGGCCGUUGCCGGCGUUCGCAGUUCACAAUCAGGGGUGCGAAUUAAGCCAUACAUCAGGCCUUCGAAAGCCUGCUUAAGAUGCUCGCCUCAGCUUCUUUUGUAUUCAGACGCGUACAAAACUGGCGCUCUGAAUAACACCGCCACCGCCGUCAUGCGUCCUGCAGCCUGCCUUCUCAGGCUGGUCGUCAUCUUGACAUUCGCUGCUCGCGUAUCUCUGGGAGAUCACACUGAGUACAAACUCACUCAGUACCUCCUGGCGAACUAUGACCCCGCCGUGCGACCCUCCGUCAACGCCUCCCUCGCACUCAACGUAACCUUCGGCCUCGCCCUCACACAGAUCAUCGACGUCGACGAGAGGAAUCAGAUCUUAACCACAAACUGUUGGCUUAACCAGUUGUGGGUCGACAACAGCGUCACUUGGGACCCUAGCGAGUUCGGUAACAUUAAAGUUAUUAGACUGCCUGCUGCGCGGCUAUGGCGACCUGACGUCAUACUCUACAACAACGCUGACAGUCACUACAACACAGCUGUACUGAGCACCAACAUCAUCGUCUCCUACGACGGCAACGUGACAUGGCUCUCGUCUGCAAUCUUCAAGAGCUCUUGUGCCAUCAACGUCGAGUUCUUUCCCUUCGACGAGCAGCGCUGCCACAUGAAGUUCGCCUCGUGGACCUACGAUGGCUUCCAGGUGAACCUAAGUGCUCACGCGUCAGAAGCUGACCUGACUAACUACGUUACAAACGGAGAGUGGGACCUGAUAGAGCUGUCCAUGGAGCGACAUGUGGUCUACUACUCCUGUUGUGACGCUCCGUAUCCUGACAUCACCUACACUCUCGUGCUCAGGCGGAGGCCACUCUUUUACGUGUUCAACUUGAUCUUGCCGUGUGUACUCAUCACGGGCAUUGCGCUCCUAAGCUUCUACAUGCCCAGCGACUCGGGCGAGAAAGUUACACUGGGCAUCACCACCCUCCUCUCCAUGACCGUGUUUCUUAUGGUCAUCGGGGAAUCCAUGCCCCCCACAUCUGAAAAACUCCCGCUUAUUGGCCUUUACUACGGUGUGACCAUCUCCCUCGUGAGCUUCGCCACGGGGCUCUCAGUGGUGACGCUAAACAUCCACCACCGCGGGAUGCGCGGCCGCGCGGUGCCCAGACUCCUACGCAAGUUCGUGCUCGAAGGACUCGCAAAACUGCUCUUCAUCAGACUAGAUCUCCCAGAUCCCCUGGGCAGGAACAGAUCCCAGAGGCGCUCAUCGUCCCCGACCCUCGGGGAAAGUCUGGGCUGCUCGGCGAUGUGUUCGCAAGGGUCGUCCCCUUGUAUGCCCACUCCCCCACCUCCGCUCCUGCACAACAGCACCUCCAUCUCUACCGUCACUACGACGCUGCAUCAUCCUUGCUGCGUAGCAGCGAGACCGCCUGACGUCACGGACCGUCUGGGCGCCGCGGCGCUGCCGCUGCCGCUACGCUGCACCAACGGCGGCAUCACGCACAGGACACAGUCUCCUGCUAUGGCCAUCUCACCUUGUCCCGGCAUCUGCAUGCAGAGCUUGACGGGAAUUUGCGAGACGCCUCUCAGCGAGACCUCACAAGAAAUGAAAACGCUGCAUCAUUUACAGCAGCAACAUCUGCAGCAACAGCAUUUGCAACAGCAGCUGCAACACCAGUCACAAACGCUGUUGCAACAAGAGCACUGUUUGCAACCCGAACAUUGCAUGCAGCAAGAGCUCUGUAUUCAACAGGACCACUGCAUUGAACAGGAGCAUCGCCUGCAACAAGAGCAGCAACAGUUGAAACAACAGGGAACUCUAAAGAAGAACGAAAACAGGAGGGAAUCCAGGCUACCGUUGAAAACAAUGGCGAUUGAUGAAUUUGACCGACACUUUUCUCGCGUCUUACAAAAAGUGCAGGAAACCAUCGAUCGCAACGAACUGCGUUUAGCAGAACAGGACAGACGCGACACAAUCAGACUUGAGUGGCAGCAAGUUGCGCUCAUCAUCGACAGGCUGCUGCUGUGGGUGUUCCUGGUGGCGACCGUCAGUAGCACCUUCGGCAUCAUGUACAUGUCGCCUCACACGCGCCUCUUCACGGCCUACUGAACGCCUCACAAACGCCUCUUCGCGGCCUACUGAACGCCUCACACGCGCCUCUUCACGGCCUACUGAACGCCUCACACGCGCCUCUUCACGGCCUACUGAACGCCUCACACGCGCCUCUUUACGGCCUACUGAACGCCUUACACGUCUCUUCACGGCCUACUGAACGCCUCACACGCGCCUCUUUACGGCCUACUGAACGCCUCUGCGCCAGGAAUAAACGUCUGCACUGAACAUCUUAACUCGAAACAACCGAAAAUUUUUUUCGGAUUGUGUCGAAGAAAAUAAGAGGUUUAAAGUAAAAAAUUCAGCAGGAUUUACAUACAAAUCAGACGCCAUUUACAACUUGCAUUAAGCCCCUAUAAAAUGUAAGCUGUAUUACUACGGGAUCCCAACGGUUUAUAUUGCGGUGGCCGAACUUUAGCACUAGUAGUCUAGUUCUUAUGUAGUCAACAAUAAAAAAUAUAAACUAUAGCAAUGUUGUUCAUUGAUGCGAGUGAGGGUCGAGAGUUGGAAGCAUUAUUACAAAAAUGCAUUAUAUUCAUCAACUUCACAAUAUCCAGGCUCCUCUGGAUAUUUUCAUAUUUUUUCAUUCGGUUGAACAUUGAUUCAAGAAGGUCAUGAGAAAUGCUAAGAAUUGUGAGAAAAUUCUACGUUGGUUUGGUGACAAUGACAUGGAGCUCCUUCGUUACUAACUUUGGUAUUAAGGAGGCAAGGUUCAGAGUAAUGGCAUACCCAGCGUCUCAUUUGUGGGCAGUAACCACAACUUUUUCCUCCACUGACUCUUCUUCAUUAAUGACAGUAAAACUUAUCAGGAGCUUGGAAAUAUUACUCGAUAAUCGCCACAUCCUUUGCUCGCAGUCUUUGCGGGAUCAAGAUUUGGACAAGCAAACAGUGAGUGUUACAGAGCAAGGCUGUGGAACCCGUAAGUGACCUCAAAACAAAUAUAUUUCUUUGGAUGAUGCCAAAGUUUAUCAUUGAAAGAUGUAAAAAAGUCUUAGUGACCUCGCUAUGACUCCGCAUUGGUGAUACCAGCAUAAACGAAUUUUUCUCCGUGUGAAGGAAUUUCGAGUUUCAGAAAAUUAGUCAUACUUCCAAUAAUUUAUGGUAGUCAAUUCUCGCCUGAUCUCCGUUUUUGAGCGAUUGAAAAAUCCAUUAUGUAUUUUACAGCUGAAUGAUCACAGAUUCUCAUCAUCCAUUGCACUGAAUGGUUACUCAUCAUUCAUUGCGGUGGAGAAUGAAGAAUGAUCAAGUCGAAGCCACACGCCCGGAAGUGGCUGAAAACUUGGAGGCCCGAAAACGCUGAAAAAUGCAGCUCCGUCUUGAAGCAUUGAGAGUAAAUCCUUCGCUUUAUCAAGUGUGGUUAAUGCUCAAACAAUUACAAUAUUAAUGGAGCGUUAUCGUUAUUUAAAAUGUCAGUAUUACAUCGAAACAAUCAACCCAGCAAUGUUAUUAUAGCAAGUCGUGCAUCGCAAAUUUUCAAUUGUCUUAGACACGGCUAGAAUCAACAAAUAUUUUCGAUGAAAUACUUCAUGACGAGUGCAGAUAUACUGACAUGAGACGUUUUUCCUUCCUCCCCAAUCCCACAACACGUCGCAACGCCGUCUCAAACAUCAUCCGUGAACGUCUGUAAUCAACACUCGUUGAACCUCAUCGAUGACUUCAUCAUUUCGACAUGAUCGCUGACAUAAUCGUAAUCAAAAGCAUUUAAUUUUUCCCAAAAAAAUUCAUAUUGAAAAUGCGAUUUUUCGUUGAAAAACGGCUUAUCCACCGGUAACGAAAAUUUUGUCUUACGGAAAAGUUUUUCGGUCAAGCGCGCUUUGCACUCAAAAGAUCCUGGCGUCAUAUUUAUGAAAGGAAAAUCCUGGCUCCCAUCUGUUUUAUUCGCACGUGAAACGUAAUGGCUUUCUGACAUUCCAUCAAAACCUCUUGAACAAAAGCCUUCAAGAUCUAAAAGAAAUUAAAGACCGAUUGAUAUUUCAAUACUGGAAGAAUUAAAACAAAUCAUAAUUAUUAUUAUUAAUUAUUCGCUAUUGCCAAUUUUAUUUUCCGGCAAAACGUUAUUUAUUCCUAAAUGACUCGUCAAAAUAAUCUCUCGGCUCCGUAUAGAGCAAUGCAAUUCGUUCAUUUGAUGCGCUGCAAUUUGUUUAGCAGCCUCUGCAUUUUGAUUGCUUCGAACAUGUAACUUCGUAAAUAAUUUGUGUUAACUAUUGGAAUUUUUCAAUUGUUGAGAGUUAAAAACUUUCAAACACAGAUUUAAAUUUCAAUGUGCAGCUUCGGAUCAUUUUUUCUUUAGUUGAAGUUAACGAUGAUUCUACGAAUAUGAGAAUUUCUCUCCUAAACUCUGCAUGAUAUGCCAUUUGCAUUUUGGAAAUAAUUUUACAGAUUAUUCCAUUCACUAGUUGAAAUUAUCAGAAAAAGUGUCCGGUUAUGUAAGUCCAGUAAGUUAUUUUAAGAUGAGUUAUGACUAGGGUUUUUUGCUUGUUUGCACUAGUCUAUAGGCACCGUAGAAUGCUCUGUAUAUUUGUACUGACAAGGAAGAAGAAGAAAUACCAUUCAAUGAAUGUAUUUCUUCAGUAACCAAUGGCAGCUGACCGCGAUUCCUCAGGAUCAUCGACGUUCGUGAUGCGAUGAUGCCAUCCAUGUUGUGAUAGAUGUGCAUGAAAAGUAUUACUGAAUUUACUGAAGCAUUACUGAAUACAGACAUACUGAAUUUCUCAUGUCUUGCCGCUGAUCAAUUAUGAAUUACAGAGAAGGGUCAACAUGGCAGAAAUAUCUACUAAAUAAGUAAUUCAUUAUUGACUUCACAGCAUAAUUAAAAGAAGCAUACGAAGAUCAGCAACAAGGAUAGGUUUCUUGUAGUUGUGAAGAUGCUUCAUUAAUUAUAGAGACUUUCGUAUGGCAAACAUGUGAGCUUCACUGCUGAACUCUUGAUGUUCAUGAGAAUGGAAAAUUCCAGUAAGUUCAAGGUUGCUUAAGUAGUAAAAUUACUGUAGUUUGCUUUUAGCCGUAAUGCGAUGCUGUUCUUUCGGAAUUAGUUUGACCCAUGCAAUGCCUGCUGAUGCAUACUUUUUGUCGUUUUUCGAUAUGAAAUUAUCUUAAUGAUCAUCGAAACGUUCUGAUUUCUUCCCAAGUGAUACAAUAUUUUAUAUAAUACAAAAAAUGUCCAGAUAAUUUGACUGUGUUAUAAUGUUUAGUCUAAUCCCGAUAUUAUUGGCCGUAUAAGUUCAGUUGAAAUGCUGUCAACUAAAUUUGCGUAGUUUGUGCGAUAAGUCAUGUGAUGAAAUCCCCUUAAGGAGACGAUAACAAUAACGAUAACUGAUAACAAGACGCAAUUGCUAUUGCGGCCGUUUUAAUUGAUUUUGACGUUCGUAAAUUGCUGUUAAUUUUACCCUUGAUAGGACUUUCUCUUCUGGUCUUCUAAUGUUUAACGAUAUUUGUUUGCUGCUGAGUUUUUUUUCUAGUUUUCUUUCAAUAAUAUAAGAAAAUUUUUCUUUUCAUACGAAUUCUUCUACAAUAUAAACUUGCUGUUUCUUCGAAUGUGCUCAAUUUAUUUAGCUCAUAUGAAUUUUUUCGUUAGUCAGAGGAUUGAGUCAGGAGUAAAAGGCUUAAAUGCUUGCUUCUUAAAAAAUGUAAAUCAUUCUGCCUACACGAAUCAAUUUCCAUUAACGUAAUUGAAUUUUACUCAAUUAAAUGAAACUAGACAGAAACACCGGACGCGGUUUGUCCACAGUUCACGACUUGAAUACUAUGGCGUUAUAGCUCUUUUAAUUGGCGCGCAGACAUGGCAAUAAACAGAAAAUUGAAUAUCUGACGCUGGUUUGAAUUGGUCAAAGUAUGUCCAAUUCGAACAUGUAUUUACUUAUAAGCAUUUAAGAAAUUUGUAUUAACAGGUAAAAAUCUCCGCUGAUGAACUUGAUCAUGUAUGGACAGCGGACACUAUAAAGGCCAAUGUAAACAAUCUUACUCUAUAUUGUGUAAAAUGAUAUCCGCAAUGAUGAAAAAUUAUCUAACUUCAGUAUUAUUCAAUAUCAUCAAGUUACAGAUUUUUAUUAAUAAUAUAUUUCUUUUUCCGAUCAUAAAUUAAUGUGUCUGCGCUACACUUAUUUUAAGUAACAAUUAAUGCUCAAAUUUAGGGCGUUAUAGCCGUGGUGACUUGGUAGACAGAUGAUUAUUAUCAGAAACAUGAUAGCGUUACCCCAAAAAGAAACAGGAUUUGCAGGAGAUAUGUAAUCCACUAGUUGGUUGAGCAUGGAUAUGUCAAAUAAACCAUCCUCUAUGUUUCUAUGACACUGACCAUCAUUUUUUUCAAAUUAAUUUUCAAUAUCGCAUCUUCAAGGAUCGAUCAAAUCUAUUCAACUCUGCCGAUCUAUCACAAGCGACAUCGUGCAGUAUCUUUCCUCCAUUGGUUUUCCCUCUAGACUUACGUUUGUUUAAUAUAUUAUCGUUGCUAUGCUUCUCUUGCCAGCUACUUCACUAGCAGGUAUUUAGAUAGCACGAAUAAUUGAAACUGUCCACUCUUACAUAGAUGAAUCUUCUCUUCUAUUAACCAAAAUUAUGUAACUACCGUAACUGGAUUUAAGCCAAUUUUUAUUUUUGAAUUGUGUAUUAUCAUUUUGUUGAGUAUUGAAUUUUUCAGUGAAUGUAUUUAGGGUUUGAGUGAGAAUUCUUGAAAGCUUUACUCCGCCGUUUAUGCUUCCUCAGUUUCAACUGAUCAAUUAUUAGCAAUAAUUACUUAGCAAUAAUUCGGAAUAAUGCUGUUCUAUAAUUAUUAAGGCAAAUACCGUGUCAUUAAGAGUUAAAUACAACUCUAUUUUGCCACAGCUUUGAGACGUGAUAUCGUUAUCGUGCAAUAAACUCAUACCGAUCGAGUUGAGCAGUCU